AAAUUAGAGAAAAACAUCAAGAACGAGAAGCCAACUCUAGAUAAGUGUAAGAAUUGUAAAAAAAAGCAUGAAAAAAACUUAGAGUGCGAGUUUUGGGUAAAAAAAAAGAAUAUACUAGGGUCAAUUCAAACAACAAAUCAAGUGACAGGCCCUAAAAAACCAGCACUGAUUAAAGAAAUAGUUGGAAAUAGAAAAGUGACAGAUAAAGAAAAGAAAGAUAAAAGAGAACAAGAGCUGAUUUCAAUAGAAAUAGAAGAAUAUAUAAAGAGUUUCAUAAGAUGGAACAAGACCAAUAUAUGCAGAAGAUGUCUAGGUUAUAUAAGCGGUCUAUGGAGUGUAAACAUGUUAGAAGAGCUUGGAAAAGUAGACCUAAUACAAUCCAAAGCAGGCAGAGCUAUUAAAAUUUUUGUUAAAUUUAUAAAAGAAGGUUUCUACAAGGAAAUCUGGUCUCAUCAUUGUCAAAUAACAAGCAAAUGGAAAAAAGAAAAGGUGAUUACUAUCAUGGAAAAGAAGUCAUGCUUUAGAAAAAAAGAAAACUCCAAAGUGGAUAAAGCAAGUCUACAAGAAAAGAGAACAAGAAAGCAAAAUGAAGCAAAUAGCAAAAAGGCACAGAUCUUAGAGUUAUCUACGUUUAUUGAACUUCUAUCUACAUUUAUUAUGUCUUACGAAUGGCAGGCUCCCAAAGAAGGGGAUGUUAGAUCUCCUUGCCCUGCUUUAAAUGCUAUGGCUAAUCAUGGUUAUUUACCUCGUGACGGUAAAAACAUAACACCGAGACAACUAUUUGAAUCCCUUCAGAAGGUUUUUAACGAAGACGCUUUAUUAGCGACAUUUCAGGUGGCUGGCUGUUUUACGAUGUAUGGAAAAUGGUUUGCAGGAAAAAU